CUUAACUCUAAGCGCGUCCCCUCCACAGCAGAUCCAGUCAGUCCGGCACUUGCAGCGACUUCUCGUUUUGCUUCCGUCUCAAAAUCAUCCAACACGACAGUGGUUUUUACUUCAACGCGCGCUCGUUUGGGAGAGGAGGGUCCAGCUUCAUUGUUCUCUUCUUCAACCACACCCUGCUUCCCGUUCGUGGGUUUCGGCGAGUCCGCUUUACGUUUCAGCGGUGCCGUAGCUACUGGCUGAUCCAUCGGCAUAGGGUCAUCCUGCCCGGCACCUUCUUCCAGGAAAGAAAACAGAUCGUCCAUCGUUGCUGUCGAGUCCGGAAUACCCGUCGAAGGUGGGCAGGAAAGAGAAAAGUUGGGCGCGUGAUCGGACGCGAGGUCACGUGGGAGUCGUGAUGCUCAGACUCUCACUGCUUCGAUGCGCGCCGCGACAAAUCGCAGGUGGCUCCCUGCGGCCUUCAUUCCGACCGCAACCCCUCCGCUCCUUACCGCUCCAACGCGUCGUGCGCCGCUGGGCAGGUACUAGCACCGAAUUACCACCCCCGCUGACCCCGAAAACAUGGGUGGAUCGAGUCCCCGCCAAAGUCCAGCCCUACAUAUAUCUGUCUCGCGUCGACAAACCGAUAGGGAGCAUACUACUCUUCUACCCAUGCGCCUGGUCCAUCACCAUGGCAUCCUACGCACUGCAGACGCCCUUUACAACACCCCUGACCUACAUCAGUCUCUUUGGUAUCGGGGCGCUCGUCAUGCGUGGGGCCGGGUGCACGAUCAACGACAUGUGGGAUAAAAAUCUGGACAAGGCCGUCGCGCGAACGAAGAACCGGCCGAUUGCCCGAGGAGACGUGACGUAUAGCCAGGCUACUGUUUUCCUGGGGGCGCAGCUCACUGCCGGCCUUGCUGUGCUGCUACAGCUCAAUUGGUAUAGCAUACUUCUGGGCGCGACUUCGCUGUCCGUUGUGGUGCUGUACCCACUCAUGAAGCGGAUCACAUACUGGCCCCAAGCCGUUCUCGGCAUUGCGUUCAAUUGGGGAGCAAUGCUCGGAUGGUCCGCGGUCGGAGGCACCGUGGAUUGGAAAGUUUGCCUGCCGCUCUACGCUGGCGGAAUCUGUUGGACCCUGGUCUACGACAGCAUCUAUGCUCACCAAGACAAGAAAGACGAUGUCGGCGCCGGGAUCAGAUCAACUGCGCUCCUUUUCGGGGAAAGAACCCGGCCCAUUUUAAGCGCUCUGACAGCCACCUCCAUGUCCCUGAUUGGUUUCGCGGGUUACAUGAAUGCUCACGGAGCUCCCUUUUAUCUGGGAGUCUCUCUUGCCGCUGCCCAGCUCGCACGGAUCAUCUAUCGCACCGACUACGACCAACGGGAGAGCUGCUGGAAAGGAUUUGUCGACAGCGGCUGGAGUGGCUUCUGGAUCUGGAUGGGUGCACUGGCGGACUAUGCUUGGAUAAUGCUUUGGUAAUUAUUCAACGUGGAAAAACAACAACAACAAAGACCACACACGCAAGAUCAAGCAGUGUCGCGAUAGGAAACAGCCGGUUUUGACCGCUGCUUCACCCAGGCAUGGAAUCCCACCACACCUAUUGUCCAGCAGAAAGCAAUGCAAGUGAAUGCAACAGCAGCAACAACGAACAGCAUGAUAUCUGGAGGCUCUGAUCAGUUGCGUUUUAGCGUGGAAUGGGUUCGACAUACCAUCCCGGCCCCGGCGCAUCGCAGCGAUGGUGAGCUCCUCGGUGGAGAACAUGAAGCUGAUGCCUCCGGCAGUCAAGAAAAAGCUGGCCAGCGCUUCAGUCGGCGGUCUCGAGGGCAGGGUGGACUUGGGUGGCGAAACCCAAACAAAGAAAGACUGUGGAUCUGCACCUGGAACAGAUAUGUCUGGAAGUGCGCAGCCAUCACCGAUCCGGUGACUCCGAUGACGAGAGCGGGGAAGGGGUUGAAGCUGGCCGUGUAUGUUUUUGGCUCGGAGACCGUCUCCGAGGAAUUGACAGCGAGCCCCGCGAGCCAGCGGCGCACGACCUUGCUCUCGACGGCCAUCCCCACGAGACCGGCGCCCCAGAACAUGAUCUGUCGGCCCGAAUCAGUACUCCUGUCGGCCACGAGCAGCGCGUACUGACCGCAAUUCCGAUGUGCUGAAGCUGCUUAGUCGUGAAGGGAUCGCCCGCUUGUGCGCCGAAUCUCUCCAUCCACACGUUGGUGAUUCCGUAGAUGAAGAUGACCGCGGACUCGAAGAACUCGGCGGUGGGCUUGCCCGACUGGGGAGGGAGGUUCCAGGCCCACCCGAUGCCAGCCCCCCAGCCGAGAUAGCGGGCAAAGGACGCGAUUCCAUAGCACCAGAAGAUGCCGCCUUUGAUGAGAUGGGCCAGGCACCCGUUGAUGUAGUUCUGUCUGCAUCCUCCUGCGGGGGAAGAGAGAGAUCAACAACGUGGGCGCACGGCCCGGAAGCAGACGCACCCGUAUAGACCACGAUGCCCGAUAAGGAAAUGCCGAACGCCGUGACGAUGAUGAGCCGUUCGGUGAUCGCGAAAAGGGCUCGCCCGAUCCGCCGGACGAGCGACACGCGAGGGACAAACGGAAGGUGGGCGUCGUGCAGCGUCGCCUCGGAAUGCGGCGACGACGGCAUGAAGAGCGUGCCGUCGGAAUGCGUCGAGUGGUGGCGCACGUGGUUGGCCCACUGCGCGGUCGUGCCGUGGUCGUACGAGCCGGCGUACUCUGCAUUCGCCGCCUCGUCCUCCAUUUCCCGGCCCACCGCCGACGACCAUAACCCGCGGAACGAAUACGGCCGGCCCGCGCGGACGUACUGGAAUAUGCGCACGGAAGCAGCAAAUGUGUCGAUCGCGGUGAGCGCCAAGGACGCAAACAGGAGCAGAUAGCCAUGCCGCGAGUGGCGUUGGUGCGGAUACCUGCUGCCCGAGCUGGCCGAGCACGCGAGCAGAAACGUGCCAUAGAAGGCGCCGACGGCGACCCCGCGCAGAGGGUGCUUGGCCGAUCGCAGGGCGAGGCCUGCACACGAAAAACGCGAAGAACAUGAGGAGCGCGUGCGUGAUGAUCAGUCCUGGAUGUCGCUUCGGAUCCAGCACAUCCCAAUCGAUGGUGUAGUACGACGGAGGAGUCGGAUCGUGGUACAGCGUGAUCUCCGUCUCGUUCAGCUCGAGCAGCGGUUGUGCGUGGUGGCCGUGGCCGUGGCCAUGGCCAUCGCGGAUCAGCAGCUCCUGCGCGAGGGAUGCGCCGACAAGACUCAGAACGAGGGCCAGGGAGAGCGGUCUCAUCGCGACGGAGGGAGGAGGAGCAAGCAGAGAUAGAAAUAAGUCUCGGUCCCGCAUUUUAAAUACCGGCCCAGGAUCAUCUUUGAAGAAGGCCGGGACUGGUGUCCUCUUGUCGGCUUCUUAGCAAUGAUGGCGGGCCAGCACGGGUCUGAAUGGGUUGCGUAAUGGUCUGCUCAGUAAGCGUUGAUUUCACAUUCACGCAUGAUCGGCAUAUCUUUCGCCUCCCCAACACGGCGAGGACGCGCGAAACACCCUCAUCCAAAAAGCCCGUUCCAUUUUGUCGCGUCCCUCUGGUGUGCGCCGCCGGAAACACGAAAGUAGACGGCCAAGUCCGGUCUUGACAGGAAAUUCCUUUUCGGGCCAUCAGGACGUUCGGCCUCGCUUCGGCGUUUCAAACUCCUCGGUGCAUGUCGUCAUUGUGUGCGCAGACUCUUCCGAGUUACUGCGGGGUCCGCAGCUGCGAAGUAUUACUAGCAGCGCAAGGUGCAGAAGAUGUCUGCCCCCAACGAUUGCGUCCACUGUGCGUGUCCGUCGGAAUAUCAAACAAAAUGACAUCAUCCGGUCAUUUUCGGUUUGUCAUGACUCAUCAAGUCAAAUCAAGUCACCGCGAAAUUCGAAUCCCGACGCGGAAGUCGGAUUGACCACGCGAUCGUAUGUUGCUCGCCGACGUCAUCGUCUCCUUGCGCUAGAGCCCUGCUGGACUGGGCCCGGGCUAGAGCGGGUGCUUCUCGAAAAUUUACCGAGCACCGCGUAAGUAAGACAAAGAGAAAAGUCCGAGCGAUGGAGGUACCUCGGCACGGAGAAAGACGAUUCGGACGGGAACGAAAAAAGCAAGUACACAAAGAUAAGCGAUGGUCAGUACAAGAUAGCUA